GAGGAGGAGCGAGGUGACGCAGGCGUAAUAAUAGAGAAGGUGCCAGAAAGAUCCAAAACAAGUGGCUGCGGCCGUCGCCCAGGAGUCGUGAGGCGCUGGAAUUCGGCCCUGGUUCUGAGCUUAUUCCGCCCCCCUCCCCCGGGUAUGGCGCUGUCCGGGUCGACCCCGGCCCCGAGCUGGGAGGAGGAUGAGUGCCUGGACUACUACGGGAUGCUGUCGCUUCACCGUGUGUUCGAGGUGGUGGGCGGGCAACUGACCGAGUGCGAGUUGGAGCUGCUAGCCUUCCUGCUGGACGAGGUCCCCGGCGCCGCCGGCGGCCUGGCCCGCGCCCGCAGCGGCCUGGAGCUGCUGCUGGAGCUGGAGCGCCGCGGGCAGUGCGACGAGAGCAACCUGCGGCUGCUGGGGCAACUCCUGCGCGUGCUGUCCCGUCACGACUUGCUGCCACACCUGGCGCGCAAGAGGCGCUGGCCAGUGUCUCCAGAACGCUCCAGCUAUGGCACGUCCAGCUCUUCUUCAAAGAGGAAGGAGGGUGGCUGCCGUCGCAGUCAGCAGUCAAGGAGUUCUUCAAAUGCUGAGCAGAGUCAGUGGGAGACAGGUUCUCCCCCAACUAAACGGCAGCGGCGGAGUCGGGGCCGUCCGAGUGGUGGUGCCAGACGGCGGCAGAGAGGGAGUCCAGCCACCCCCCAGCAGCAGCAGGAGCCAGCCGGGCCUACCUCAGAAGGCAAAGUGACCUGUGAAAUAAGAAUGUCUAAGCCCCUGGAGGCCGAGAAGCAAGGUCUGGACUCCCCGUCAGAGCACACAGACACGGAAAGAAAUGGACCAGACACUAACCAUCAGAACCCCCAGAAUAAGACCUCCCCGUUCUCUGUGUCCCCGACUGGCCCCAGCACCAAGAUCAAGGCUGAAGACCCCAGCAAUGACUCAGCCCCAGCGGCACCCCUGCCCCCCCAGCCGGUUCAGCCGCAUCUGCCCCAGGCCCAACUCAUGUUGACGGGCAGCCAGCUAGCCGGGCUCACGGCGCUGAUGCCAGCUCAGCAGCAGCUCCUCCUGCAGCAAGCGCAGGCCCAGCUCCUGGCCGCCGCGGCCGCCGCCGCCUCCUCUUCCUCCUCCUCCUCCUCCUCCUCCUCCUCCUCGACCUCGCAGCCCCCAGCCUCCUCCGGGGGAGGCGACCUGCCGCCACCACAGCCUGCCAGCCAGCCCCCCGGGACCCCACAGCUCACCCUGUCCCAACCCAUCCAGCUCACAGCACAGGACAUCCAGCAGCUCCUCCAGCUCCAGCAGCUGGUGCUUGUGCCGGGUCACCACCUCCAGCCACCUGCUCAGUUCCUGCUGCCGCAGGCCCAGCAGAGUCAGCCAGGCCUGCUACCGACGCCAAAUCUAUUCCAGCUACCUCAGCAAACCCAGGGAGCUCUUCUGACCUCCCAGCCCCGGGCAGGGCUGCCCACACAGGCCGUGACCCGCCCCACGCUGCCCGACCCGCACCUCUCGCACCCGCAGCCCCCCAAAUGCUUGGAGCCACCAUCCCACCCCGAGGAGCCCAGUGACCUGGAGGAGCUGGAGCAGUUCGCUCGCACCUUCAAGCAACGCCGCAUCAAGCUGGGCUUCACGCAGGGUGACGUGGGUCUGGCCAUGGGCAAGCUCUACGGCAACGACUUCAGCCAGACGACCAUCUCCCGCUUCGAGGCCCUCAACCUGAGCUUUAAGAACAUGUGCAAACUCAAGCCUCUCCUGGAGAAGUGGCUCAAUGACGCAGAGACUAUGUCUGUGGACUCAAGCCUGCCCAGUCCCAACCAGCUGAGCAGUCCCAGCCUGGGUUUCGACGGGCUCCCCGGCCGGAGACGCAAGAAGAGGACCAGCAUCGAGACAAACGUCCGCUUCGCCUUAGAGAAGAGUUUUCUAGCGAACCAGAAGCCUACCUCAGAGGAGAUCCUGCUGAUCGCAGAGCAGCUGCACAUGGAGAAGGAAGUGAUCCGCGUCUGGUUCUGCAACCGACGCCAGAAGGAAAAACGCAUCAACCCCUGCAGCGCGGCCCCCAUGCUGCCCAGCCCGGGCAAACCAGCCAGCUACAGCCCCCAUCUGGUCACGCCCCAAGGGAGCGCCGGGACCCUGCCGUUGUCCCAAGCUUCCAGCAGUCUGAGCACAACAGUUACUACCUUAUCCUCAGCUGUGGGGACCCUCCACCCCAGCCGGACAGCUGGAGGGGGUGGGGCCGGGGGCGGGGCCGCGCCCCCCCUCAAUUCCAUCCCCUCUGUCACUCCCCCACCCCCGGCCACCACCAACAGCACAAAUCCCAGCCCUCAAGGCAGCCACUCGGCCAUCGGCUUGUCAGGCCUGAACCCCAGCACGGGAAGCACAAUGGUGGGGUUGAGCUCCGGGCUGAGUCCAGCCCUCAUGAGCAACAACCCUUUGGCUACUAUCCAAGCCCUGGCCUCUGGUGGAACGCUGCCCCUUACCAGCCUUGACAGCAGCGGGAACCUGGUGCUGGGGGCGGCUGGCGCGGCCCCAGGGAGUCCAGGCCUGGUGACCUCGUCACUCUUCUUGAACCACGCCGGGCUGCCCCUGCUCAGCGCCCCGCCUGGUGUGGGCCUGGUCUCGGCAGCCGCUGCGGCUGUGGCGGCCUCCAUCUCCAGCAAGUCUCCUGGCCUCUCCUCGUCCUCGUCCUCGUCCUCCUCCUCCUCCACUUGCAGUGAGGCGGCAGCACAGACCCCUGGAGGCCCAGGGGGGCCCGAGGUAGGGUCCAAGCCUGAGUGAGGGCCCGCCACGCCUCCCCACCUCCUCUGACCGCCGCCUCCGUCCCCCACCUGGGAAGAGGGCGAGGAGGCCAUUGGUGGGGGUGCAGAGGGUCCUCGGAGCAGGAGUGACAAGGGAGGAAAGACCAAAAAACAAGAAACAAAAAAACAACCAACCAAAAAGAAAGAAAGGAAGAAAGAAAGAGAAAGAAACCAACCAACAGAAAAAAGAAAACCAAAAAUAAUCACAAAGAAACCAGCUGCCCCAAAGGAACAAGAAUGAAAAACAAACAUUAAAAAAAAAAAAAAAAAAAGAAAGAAAACCAAAAACAAACAAAAAAUCCCUCACCAAACCGAACAAACCAAAAACCGGUCUCGAGCCAGACCUCAGUGUGCUCUCACCCUCACUGCUAUGACACCAAAUAAGAACCCCAGCCAGGGGCGGAGAAGCCUCGGCAGGGCGGACACGCGGGCCCCCGGCUGCGGGGCAAAGCCUCCCGCUGCGUGCGGCGUGGGCAGAGAAGGAAAAGGAGAAUGUGCCAGCCUCCCAGCCCCAGCCCUCAGUCCUGGGCCAGCCAAGACAGGGAGGGCACAGCCUGGGGCUGAUGGGGUGGGCUCAGAACCACCCGCCAAAUAUUCUUUUCCAGAAGGUGAAAGAGAAAGGGCCUGAACAACUUUACACCAAAUAUUCAGUAGCUUCAUCCAAAGGAUGUACAGAAUUUUUAGCGUUGUGCUCAACAGAAUGUGUCCCUGUCAUGUGUCCCCCCUCUCCCCUGGCCCCCAGCUCUCCCUGCCCGGGCAGGGGGGUCUCGCUUUAACCUCCUCCCUCCCCCAGCCAGGGGAGAGUUCAGGGGAAGGCCUGGGAUGACUUUUCACCCCUUGUACCUCCCCCUUUUUCCCUUUGAAGGGUGGGCUAGGCCGUUUUGCCAAGUUCUAGCUCUCACAUGUCCCCCCUCAACCCUGUCACCCUCCUCUGCUCUGGAAUCUCCCCCAUCCCUAGUCCGAGGGAAGGUGGAAGCUUCAGGCAAGAGAGGAUGAGGUGAGGGCAUUCAAGUUGUCUUUUUUUCCAUCCUCGUCUGUCAGUUUCCCUGAAAAAAAAAAAAAAUUCAUAUUCCAGU